UUCCUAUCUAUUGAAGGCCUGACAGAUACAGGAAGUGAGGAUGUUUCAAAUUAAAAGGCCUGAGAGCAGUGAGGCGGAACAACGCUGGCGGUCCGAACGGAACCAAUGUUCUUCCAGUUGGAGCCAAAGGUUCUCCCUUCCAGAGGAGCUUCAUAGAAAGAUCUGCUGUGAUUGUUCUACCAUGGUUCCUUCAUGGUUCUCUGUCUCUCCACCGGGUCAGAGAAGCGUCUCUAGGAGGACUUUUCUACUGUUGGAAGGUAAAACGUCUCCGGGGUCCCUCAGGGUCCCCACUGCAGGUCAGUCCAAGCCAAGGUGCCGGAAGCCCUUCCAGAUACGCACCUUAGGCCUGUUGUCAUGGUAACCUUUGCGUGCUGAUCACUGGACCUCACCUGUGUUUGGGGCGGGGCUUGAUGAACCUCCUAACAGGAAGCUGCUGCUUAGCUCCAAACCUAUUAGUGGUAAUUGGAGGAUUAGAGGCCUCAGAUGAUCCUCUGCUAAUCGGAUCAGAACCGCUUUAGGAACCGUCCCACACCUCCAGUCCACUCAGGCUCCGCUCUGUCCUGCUUCACUCUGCCUCCAUCAUGGGUCAGUCUAGUCUGAGCUCUUGGUGCGAAGCUGCACAGCUGUGAUUCACAUCGUUUCUCUGGAGACUUCUGGACCUUCGCCAUUAUUGCCGUUAGACAGAACUUUGUGAGAGGACACCAUGCCGUUCAUGUCUCUGAAGUUCAACCUGCAGAAGCGGGUCAAGCUGGCUCAGGGUCUCUGGAUGCUUUAUUGGUUCACCGUCAUUGUGGGCAUCGUCCUCUUCAGCCUCGGCAUCUUCUUCAAGAUCGAGCUGAGGAAGAGGAGUGAGAUCAUGGACAACAGCGAGAGCCACCUGGUGCCCAACCUGCUGAUCCUGGUGGGAAUGGUGUCCUGCAGCCUGAACGCCUUUGGAGGGAAAGUGUGCCACGAAUCUCUGGAUCCCCAGAAGUUCUCCAAGAUGAAGCCGAUGCUGAAGUCCUACAUGCUGCUGUGCUGCGGCUUUAAUGCGCUGCUGCUGCUGCUGGUGCUGCUCUGCUUCUUCAUGCAGUUGGCUGUGUACCUGACGCUGGCCGAGGGCCUGAAGAAUGCCAUCCGUUUCUACAAGGACACGGACACGCCAGGACGCUGCUUCAUGAAGAGGACUUUGGACAUGACUCAGAUCGAGUUCCGCUGCUGCGGAAACAACAACUUCAGGGACUGGUUCGAGGUGCAGUGGAUCAGCAACCGCUACCUCGACAUGAGCAACGACGUGGUCAAAGACCGUGUCCUCAGUAACGUGGAGGGGAAGUACCUCAUGGACAGUGUCCCUUUCAGCUGCUGUAACCCUGGCUCCCCGCGGCCCUGCAUCCAGCAUCACCUGACCAAUAACUCCGCCCACUAUGACUACGACCAUCGCACUGAGGAGCUGAACAUCUGGAGCAGAGGCUGCCGGGAGGCCGUCUUCUCCUAUUACAGCAGCAUCAUGAACGCCAUCGGAGCGCUCAUCAUCUUCUCCAUCGUCCUGGAGGGGAUGGACACGGCAGGCCUGAAGUACCUGAGCACGGCUCUGGAGACCAUGGCCGACCCGGAGAACCCAGAGUGUGAGAGCGAAGGCUGGCUGCUGGAGAAAGGCUUCAAGGAGACCCUGGCUGACAUGUUCUCCAAAAUGAAGAUUGGUGGACGGGCCACCCAGGUGGAGGAGGGCGGGGAUUCCCCAGCACCCGCCACCUGAAAGCCCCGCCCAUCCACCCACCCCACCCUGAGAGAG